AACACCCAUUACAUUGAAUUGACAUACACACAGGAGAGGGUCGAGUUAUCCUGUGAAUGACUGGGAUAUAAUCUGUUUCGUAAAAAUAUUUAUAUAUAUACACACACACACUUAAGUGUGUUUGUGUAUUUCAGUCGAACUAAUAUUCAAAGAGGCUCCUUUAGAGAUAGUCUUCACAGAACAAGCCGCUUGAAAUACAUCGACCUUUGCUGAAUUCUGCACUCUCUUAUACUCGACAUUUUUGGAUGUAAAUAACAAUGUUUUUUUAAACGUCAGCCUGAAGUACAACAGAAGAGCAGAAGUAAACCGCGUCCGAAGACUGUCGUAUUGGAGGAGGAUAGCCCAGACAAAGCUGAGAGAAAAGGCGUGUCACUGGCCGAAAGCACCCGAAACACACAUUGCUGGCUGGCUGCACCAGAAAAGCAACAAACUUAAAAUUGGAAGUGUCUCGCUGAAGCCGUCUCACCAUGACCAUAACGGAGAUGAACAGAUUUAACAUUACGCCUGAUGACGACACUAGCAGCACUAACAGUAAUGACUAUCCUCCCACUAAAAAGAUACCCAUCAAUAGUCAAUAUGGCGAUAAUGAUCCAGAAAGCCAGAAUUUUCUGUCAAAUGUAUACAUUGGGAAAAAGAAAUUUGAAGAAUAUAGGACUGGCAAUACCUCGUUUGGAAUAUCUGCAUUUAACCUCAGCAAUGCUAUCAUGGGCAGUGGUAUUCUUGGAUUGGCAUAUGCCAUGGCUAACACUGGCAUUAUACUUUUUGUUAUCCUUUUGAGUGCUGUAUCAGUCUUCUCGCUAUAUUCUAUACAUCUCUUACUGAAGACUUCAAAAGAAGGAGGUUCAUUGGUCUAUGAACAGCUUGGCCUGAAAGCAUUUGGAUUGCCUGGUAAAUUGGCAGCAUCAUUGUCAAUCACAAUGCAGAACUUUGGAGCUACAUCAAGCUACCUCUACAUAGUGAAAUAUGAGCUACCAAUUGUCAUUCAAGCUUUCCUCGGACUUGAGGAAAAAACUGGACAUUGGUAUCUGAAUGGUGACUACUUGGUCCUUAUGGUGUCUAUAAUUAUAAUUCUUCCUUUAUCCCUGCUGAAGAAUUUAGGUUACUUGGGCUACACAAGUGGGCUGUCCCUUCUCUGUAUGCUUUUCUUCCUAAUAGUUGUGAUUCACAAGCACUCUCAGAUCCUUUGUCCAUUGCCCCUUCUGGACCAGGAACUAGGGAACGCAACUUUGAAUUUAACUAUAAUGAUGACAGCAACAUCUGCAUAUGAAGCAGUUGCCAGUGUAUCAGAACCCAGCUUAGCACACAACACAACAGAUGAAAACAUCUGUAAACCACAGUAUUUUGUCUUCAAUUCACAGACCGUCUAUGCUGUGCCAAUUCUGACAUUUGCCUUUGUGUGUCAUCCGGCUGUACUUCCCAUCUAUGAAGAACUCAAAGACCGAUCCUGCAAGAAAAUGCAAAGAGUUUCCAAUGUUUCGUUUUUUUUUAUAUUUGUUAUGUACCUGUUGGCUGCACUUUUCGGUUACAUGACCUUCCUUGGUGAAGUGGAGCCUGAGUUACUUCACACAUACUCGAAAGUGCACCGAUUUGACAUGGUGCUGCUUGUUGUUCGUCUGGCAGUUCUUGUAGCUGUUAUUUUGACAGUUCCAGUCGUUCUUUUUCCAAUUCGCACCUCUGUUCAGCAGCUACUUUUCCCCAGCAAAAAGUUUAACUGGAUACGUCACACUAUAAUCACUAUUAUAAUUCUGAUUGCCAUUAAUGCCCUAGUUAUCUUUGUUCCGACCAUCCGAGAUAUCUUUGGGUUCAUAGGUUCCUCUGCCGCGGCUAUGCUAAUCUUUAUCCUGCCUUCUGCAUUUUACCUCAGACUUGUAAAGAAAGAGUCAAUGAAAUCAAUACAGAAGAUUGGGGCAUUAAUAUUCCUGAUCAGCGGUAUAUUUGUUAUGUUUGGAAGCAUGACACUCAUCGUUCUUGACUGGACCCAUAAUGCAUUGACGAAUGAUGGCCACUAAACUGUUACUGAAGAAAACUACAUGUUCAAUUAAAUUAUCACUCUUCAGAAGAUUGAUAAUUAUAUUUAUUUUCUCUGCCUUCAAAUUCCUAAGAAGUUGGAAAGGCAUUCAUAUUUACUGUCUUCCUAGAAGUUAGGAAUAGUUGUCCAAAAAAUUAAACCAUUUAUAUUGGAAUUGAUUAUUAAGAAACUUUGGUUCAGACAGUAAUGAUACCAUUCGUAGAGAAUGGUGUAAAUGGUGUACAAUAUGUAUUUAUAAGGCCACAUAAAUGUUGGAACAAAAUAUUAUAAGCCCUUAGAAAACUGAUUCUUGUAGAUACUGAAGCUAAAUUCCCCAGGAAGUGGCCAUAGAUUUUACUGUAUGUUAGUAGAUUUAAACAAUAGCACGUAAGCAUUCAGUAUUUUUGACCAUUUUUAAACAAAACUGUCUUGUGGACAUAGACUUGAGUAUUUAAUUUCAAGGCAGCAGCCUAAAUUUUAAGUUCAGAGUUUUAAAUACUAUUGUUUAAAAUGUAAUGUUGAUAAAAACAGCAGAUUGACAGACAAGACACAGUGGAAAGUUUCGAUUCUAAGGUAGCCUAGCUUGCCUUACAAAAGAACAGCACCAUGGUCAGCAUGGACAAGGUGGGCCAGAAGGGCCUAAUCUUUAUUUUUGCCUGGCUUUUCAAAUAUUCUGUCUGUUCUGGAUAAUAAGUCCUUGGAUAAAGAAAUCAUGUAGAACUGGAGUUAGUGUAACUCAAUAGGAUAUCAGUUGAGAGUUCUGGUUGUUCUUCACGUCCCCAAGCCAGUGGAACUAGAAAAGCCCAGCUUCCAUCUGGGGUGUUAGAUGAGUGAUUAGACUUUGAUUUACCUUAUCCCAAUGCUAUCUAGAAAGAAAUGGUUAUAUUGGAGAUAUUUAAGUGUGGGUUUGAUCGUUGUAUAUCUGUAUAAAAUGACAGUCUGUACCUUUCAUACAAGAGGAAUAAGGAGUGAUUACCGUCUCUAUGGAGUUUGCACAUUCUUUCUAUGACCAUGUGGGUUUCCUCCAUGUGCUCCAGUUUCCCUCCCAUUUCCUAAGGAUGUGCAGUUGGAAGGUUAGUUGGUCAUUGUAGAUUGUUGCUAGUGAAUAGGUGAGACAGAAUUAUGAAAAUGGGAGGAAUGUAGUGUCUGUGUAGAUGGUCAGCAUAGACUCAGCAGGCAAAAGGGCCUAAUUUCAAUAUGUAGCUCUUUCGUUGUAACAUCAUAUGACUGCCUAAUUACAGCAUAUUGGAGAUUUAGGAAAUUUAACACUUGCAGCUAUGUCUUGUCGAAGAAUUUAGCAUGUUUAAAGCAUUUAUUUGAAACCAAGCUGUCUUGUAUAAUAAUGCUAUUUAUGGUGAUGCAUAAUUGAGAACAUUGCAUCAUGAAUCCAUUUCAUAGUUAAUGAGCUGAUUGAAGCAGUUUUAGAACUUCAGGUACGUUACCAUGUGGUGAUGCAUUUCUUCACAUCUGUCACCUGUUCCACUUCCUGAAGGCCAAUCUGUGAAUGUGAAUUGUAGACCGGAGAGAAGAGCCAAUUUUGUUUUGCAGAGCCUACUUCUCUGCUAAAUAAACAUCAAUAGUGCACUUUGUAGUGAUGGAAUUGAGCUCUUCACAAAGUGCACUCAUGAUGAUUCAUGGGCAGAAAACAAAGGAACAUUGCAUUCCUUCUGUAUCACAUGAUGGAAGUCAAGCAGCAAUUGUUGGGAGUUGAUUGUAAUGAAUAAUAUGGUACUUAGAGCUAAAGCUAAAAAACACCACUAAAGCACUUCCUUUGUCUCCUUUUGCCACCUGUUGCCACUACAGAGAACAGCUAUUGUUAUCUAAUUGACAGCAAGUAGUGGAAUAUGACAAUGACAGAAUUCAGUAGAGGAAAAUGUGACAUUGCUUUAAAAGUAAUGCAUAGUCAGUAUUUACCUUUCAAAUGUUCAUAAUCUUCUGCCUCCUGGAAUUAAAGUGUUAUUUUCUGCUGUUCCUAUUUGGUUACUUGAAAGAAAACUUAACUAUUGUGCUUCCUAUGACAGUCCAACCUACUGCAAUUUUUUUUAAUUUGCUAUUUGUCAUAAAAUAUUUAUAAAAUUGAAGUAAAUCAGUAUAAUUUAACAUAUUUAUGACUGUAAAUAAAUGUACAUAAUUAUUUGUAAAUAUAUUGUCAAUAUUUAAGAGGUAUUAUUGUUCCUUUUAAGUUUUCCUGAAAAAAUUACUGGACUUUCUUCAAAGUCACAGGUGAAAGCUGCGCAGUGGCUGAAGAAUUUCCGCUAACAACUGGUAGUAAAAAUUCUGUUUCAGUGCUUUGUUUUUAUUUUGUUCAACAUAACACAGUCUUGAGUGCUAAAACUGUGUGACAUUUAAUGCCAGUAAAUGAACUCUUUGUACUGAGUUGACUGAACAUCCGUUCUGUAUUAUUGGUUGUUGCUGUCAAACAUAACCUCAGUUGUUCACCACAAAGUCAUAUCUAAUUUUAAUGCAAGUUUUAAAUACAACACAGUCUACAAAUACUGGAAGUCCAGAGUAAUACCAUUCCUUUAUGGACAUGAAUAAGCAGUCAAUGUUUGAUCAGUCUUCAUGAAGGUUCCAAAGCAUCGACAAUUUAUUAAUUUCCAUUGAUGCUGGCUGACCUGCUGAGUUCCUCCUGCAUUUUGUGUCUAUUCUUGAUGAACUUUUGGUAAUUAAUAAAAGAUGAAUAAUAUUUUAAAAGUUCACUGUUAGAGGAAGCUUGAAUCAUUACCUUUUGCAAAAUUGCAGAACAAUUAUAAAUUUGAAUUUGCUUUUUCAUAACAUUUUUAAAAAGUACGAUGGUGAACUGUGACUUACAACUGAAAUUUAUGUUUCACAGACAAUCACUUGCAGACAAAGCUUGUGUAUUAAUAAUACUUGUGUAAUUCACUCUAUUUGUACCAGUGAAAGCAUGCAGUACAGACAACUAACAAAGCAUGACUGCUGACUUUGGCAUAUUCUUUUAAUUGAAUAACUGUUUGAUGUAUUUUUGGACACAAUUAAAGAAGGCUUUCCCUGACAUCUAGGUUAUCCUGUAUGUAUAUUUCUAUACCGUUAACUGUGAAAGGCCUCCAUUUGAAUGGGGGAAUUUUGGUUGUUAGCAAAGAGAGUGCAUUAUGAUCAAUGCUACACUCUUGUUUCAGUGAAACACCUGUUGUAUUGUACAUAUUGUAAAUAAAGUUAUACUCAAA